CUUCCUCCUUCUAUAAAAGGCAAUUCCCCAACUCAAACCACCAUUUUUAUGCCUCCUACUGUUUCAGACAAUGCCUGAUUUUCUCCCAUAAAAUUUCCUCUAUAAAACCCACCAUUUACACCAUUUGUUAGAACACAAAAAAAGAAAAUUAAUAAACAAUAAAUAUAUAUUUAUUGAUCAUCAUCAUCAUCAUCAUCAUCAUCAUCUAUCUGCAAUGGAAAAUCUUUACCUGUAUUUGUCACCAGUGAUUCUUGUAGCCUUGUACAGCAUAACAGUUCAUUUCCUGAACAAGCUGAGGAAUUUUCCCGCGAGCCCGUUUCCGUCGCUGCCGCUGAUCGGGCAUAUUUACAUGCUCAGGCAGCCUUUCCACCGGAGUUUGUCGGAGGUGUCGAGGAGAUACGGCCCGGCCUUGUUUCUGAAGCUGGGGUCGAGGCCCGUGCUUCUAAUCUCAUCUGCAUCUCUUGCAGAAGAGUGCUUGAGUAACAAGAACGACGUGGUCUUCGCCAACAGGCCGGAUCUUCUUAAUGGGAAGUACUUUGGGUAUAAUUACAGGAGUCUUUCAUGGGCUUCGUAUGGCGACCAUUGGAGGAACCUCAGGAGGAUUUCGUCGCUGGAGCUGCUGUCGAACAAGAGGUUGCAGAUGUUUUCUCACAUCAGAGGCGACGAGGCGAUGAGCAUGGUCCGGAAACUGUUUCAUGUCACUGAGAAAGAGAAUCUUGAAGUUAUUGGAGUGAAAUCAGCCCUUUUCGAGUACAUGUUUAAUGUCCUGACAAGAAUGAUCACAGGAAAGAGGUACUAUGGCAAGAACAUGGAGAAAUCUAAAGAAACCAAAUUACUCGAGGAAAUCACGACAGAGACAUCAAAGAUGGCAUUACAGACAACAGUGGUCGAUUUCUUGCCUAUCAUGCGGUGGUUCGGGUUCAAUGUUGAAAAGAAACUACGUUCGAUACAGAAGAAGAGAGAUAAGUUUAUGCAGCAAGUUGUAGAUGAGCAUCGAAUAAUCAUGCAAAGUAACGACAGGGAUAAUAAAUCUUCCCCUAUUAAGAGGAAACCGAUGGUCGAAGUGUUGCUCGAUUUGCAAAGAUCUGAACCUGAAUAUUACACAGAUGAAACCAUCAAGGAUCUUUUACUGGUGUUGCUGCAAGGAGGAGCUUCAACUUCAUCAAUUGCUCUAGAAUGGGCGUUCACCUUAUUGCUCCACAAUCCAGAAACCCUAGAAAAAGCUCGAGCCGAAAUUGACGCGCGCGUAGGGCACAAUCGAUUGAUUACCGAGGCGGACGUGGCGGAGCUGCCAUAUCUCCGGCAAAUCAUCCUCGAAACGAUGCGUCUGCAUCCUCCUGUCUCGAUUCUGAUGCCGCACCUCUCCUCCGCCGAUUGCACCGUCGGCGGUUACCGAAUCCCCGCCGGCACAGUGCUCCUGCUGAACAUUUGGGAAAUUCAUCACAGCGCGGAAUUGUGGGAUGAGCCGGAGAGAUUCCGGCCGGAGAGAUUUGAAGGUGUGGAGGGGAAGCGAGAAUUGGGGAUUAAGCUUCUACCAUUCGGAUUGGGGAGACGCGCGUGUCCAGGCGAGAAUUUGGCCAUGAUGAACAUCGGACUCGCCCUGGGAGCGCUGAUUCAGUGCUUCGAUUGGGAGAAAGCAGGGAAGAUCGACAUGAGCGAAGGCGCCGGCACGACGACUCCGAUGGUUCGGCCAUUGACGGCGAGGUGCAGACCUCGUUCGUUCAUUGGUGGUUUUCUGUAGAAGCUUUGUGAGUGAGAGUGAUAGAUUUUAAAUAUUACUACAGUAAUAAAAAGUUAAUCUAUGUAGGUAAAUAAAAUUAUGUAUGUGCAUAUAUAAUUUACCUGCUGUUGAACAAAUAAUUAAAUUAUAA